ACGUUAUCACUGAUACGUUCGACAUUUGUUGUUCUUCUUGUCGAACAUCGUUCUCUUGUAGUUCAUUCGUCGUGUUAUUAAAACGUUUGAAUACAAAUUGGAAAAAUGGUGAAUGUACCUAAACAGAGACGUACUUAUUGCAAAAAAUGCAAAGUACAUAAGGUACACAAAGUAACACAGUACAAAAAGUCAAAGGAACGUCAAGCUUCCCAGGGUCGUCGUCGUUACGACCGAAAACAAAGUGGUUUUGGUGGUCAAACUAAGCCUAUUUUCAGAAAAAAGGCUAAGACAACCAAGAAAAUUGUAUUGAGGAUGGAAUGUUCCGAAUGCAAAUACCGUAAACAAAUUCCAUUGAAACGUUGCAAGCAUUUUGAAUUGGGAGGUGACAAGAAACGAAAGGGACAAAUGAUCCAGUUUUAAGUCUAAACAUAUUUUUGUUACUUUUAAGACCAAUAUAUAAGUGCAUACUGCAAAUUGCUUUUUUUA